AUAAUAUUUAAACAUUAAUUGCGAUGCGAUUCUCUGAUCCACGCGUAUACAGAGAAUAUCAUGAAUCGUUAUGGUUUCAAUACAGGUUCAACCACGGUAUUCACCCUGAAAAUCGUUGCAGCUAUACAGUAUGGCCUGCUACACUUUCGGGGAAUGGAGCUGCUACUCUGGGCGACGGUGGAUUCACCUUGGCACCGGGAUCCUCUCGUCAACUCGCCGCCCCUUCUGGCUGGUCCGGACGCUUCUGGGCCAGAACCUCCUGCAACUUUGAGUCCUCCGGCAACGGUCACUGCUCCACCGGCGACUGCGGCGCACUCCGAUGCUCCUCUGGCGGCGCUCCUCCCGCUACGCUCGCUGAGUUCACCCUCGGAACGCCUGGUAAUCCUAAGGAUUUCUACGACGUGAGCCUGGUCGAUGGUUACAAUGUGGGGAUGGGUGUGAAGGCAACCGGGGGAACCGGUGACUGCCAGUACGCGGGGUGUGUUGCAGAUUUAAAUGCCAACUGCCCCAGUGAGUUACAGGUCAGGAAUGGGCCUUCCGUGGUGGCGUGCAAGAGCGCAUGCGCGGCCUUUAACACCCCGGAGUUCUGCUGCACCGGUGAUCACUCCACGCCGGCGACAUGUGGACCGACGCAGUACUCGGAGAUGUUCAAACGCGCGUGCCCAACCGCUUACAGUUACGCAUACGACGACGCUUCCAGUACUUGCACGUGUUCCGGCUCCAAUUACCUCAUCACAUUUUGCCCCUCGCAGUAACCGUCUUGCUAGUGAGCAUUGCAUUCUGUUAUUGAAUGAUCAUAUUAAUGAUGCAAUUCAACAAUUGUAUUACAUAAGGAAAGAACGUUAGGUAUAGCCGUAUAGGAGGGUGAUGAUUAAUUAUAUUUAUGAUCUGGGGUCAUGCCAUAUAUAUAUAUAUGGGUUACUUGAUGGGGGCGUUGGGAUUCUGCGCAAAUUUAUGUCUUUUUUCUUAUUAUUA